CCCUUGGGCUCGAACGCGCCGCCAGUGCUGCUGCCACUCCUCUUUCCCGCUUGCGCCAAUGGCCAGCCUCCCAAGGAGGCGGAGGGCAGCGCGAUCGAUCUCUCCGUCCGCACCACCUCAAGUCCCCCUAGUUUCCCCAACACCGUCUCCGCAGGGGGGGUAGGGAUGUUGGAUGGCGGCAUCACUGCGUCUCGGGGUCUUCCAUUCUUCUGCUCUGCCCCCCUCCACGGAAACUCCCAGGCUUCGCUGUUUCCAUUCCCACCAGAAGCCUUCCAACUCUCAAGCAACAUCGCCCAAUGCAAAGCCAACAAGAACAUCUGCAAUGCAGACGACAAGGAAUUCCUUGUCAUGGUCCGCGUACGGCAGUGUCCCAUAACUCCGAAGGACUACAUUCCACUGCUCGAUCUCUACUCAAGAAGUCAGAUCUCCUCCACGUCAGUUGAACAGAGCGAGCUCUUGAAGAAAUUCUCCUCCUUCCACGAAUGCGGCAACCCCCACUGCAGAACAGCCGGCCACCGGGAGCACUUUCAUUGCACCCACUGUGAAAAGGUGAUAAAUCGCCGCGAGGAGACCAUUCGUCACCUGAAAUGGCACAAGAAACGCGAGGAGAGCCUCCAGUUCGGGUUCAUGCGCUACAGCCCGGGUGACGACUGUGGCGUCAGCAGUUGCACGCACAACAUGAAGCAAACCCACUACCACUGUCUCAGGCCCAACUGCUCAAAGAUUUACAUUAGCACCUCGGACGUUCAAAUGCACGCCAACUACCACCGAAAAGACGCCGUGAUUUUGCAGGAGGGCUUCCAGCGAUUUCGAGCUGCCGAGGACUGCGGAAGUAACGACUGCCCCUUUUCCAGUGAGCGGACUACGCACUUUCAUUGCCGCCGGCCUGGGUGUAACUUCACUUUCAAAAAUAAGGCCGACAUGGAAAAGCACAAGAAUCACCACCAAAAGAACGACGCAAUUGCCAAGGACGGCUUUCGUAAAUACACCAAGUCCGAACACUGUAAAUACCUCGGAUGCAAGUACUCCGGCAUAAUGAACCACAUCCACUGCAUUCGACCAGGCUGCGACUACAUCGUCCACUCGGCUAGUCAAAUUUCCUCACACAAGCGGAAACACGAGCGCCGCGAGCUGCUCACUUUUCCGUCGCCUGUUGCUUCUCAACCCCACCAGAUCACCCCAACCUCCUUCGAGAACGGCAGUGACGUGACCACCACCCCCUCUACCACCACCACCACCCCCAAACUCUCUCCACAGCCGGGUUCGCCACUCGUGGACCCACAGACCAUCACCUCCACCGCGAGAAUCCUUCAGCGGGUCACCAAGAUCUCUGAGGUGUGCUGGCACAAGUUCCAGAAUCCGGGCUUCAAGCACCUCCACGACGACGUGGACACGGAGACCGCCGAUGAGGUCCUUCAGGACGUGCUACCCUCCCUGAAGGUCUUCAAGGACGGCCAGUCCUGCGACAGCCAGCAGUGCUCACUCAAUGGCACUGACAUGGAACACUUCCACUGUUACCGCACUGGAUGCAUGGACGUCGUGGAUGCUGACGCCAACGAGGAGGAGACACACGGCGGUUCGGCAGUGGAGUGCCCGACGUUGUCUAGUGGGGACAUGGACGCGUGGCGGGAGCACUGGUUCACUCACGCCUGGCAGUCGACACUGGCUGUGAUUGGCUACAGCCGGUGCUCAGGCGGUUCGUGUGGCCUUGGCGUUGCGGGCAAAGACCACCUCCACUGUUACCUCUGGCCGAACUGUACCUUCACAGCCGAGGUCUCGUCGACACCGCCAAGUCUGAUGCGGCAUCUCGCACGACACGAUCACCACUUUGCUGCUGUUCAAGUGAAGGAGCAGGCCACCUCGCUUCCCGUGGAACCGGGAGCCACACAGCGGAAACGCGGUCGCCCCCCCAAACACUCGCGCGACAUCCACGUGCCGAGGCUGGAGGUGUCGCCGGACAAAUGCGCCGAUCCGACGCCUCACGUCGAGCUGACGAUGGAGGACUUCUUGACGAACAAGCCCGACAUGAUAGCCGGUGGGGCCAAGUUCUACCAAUCGGAUGGUCCGGCGUGCGUGGACAGGUGUUGUCCGUUCCACGCUGGUAGGCAAGCCCACUUCCACUGCAUCCGACCGCGAUGCCACAUGGCCACGGCCAGCCUCUUCGUGCUCAACACCCACCGCAGGGAGUUUCACGCUCAGGUCACCAUCGAACCCGGCUACGACUACUUUGAUCGCUCCAUCGACUGUCGACGCCCUUCGUGCUACGCCAAGAAGGACACUAACCACUUCCACUGCCUCCGACUGCGAUGCGGCUACUCCUUCGUGCGCGUGGGCAAGAUGCAACAGCACACGGCGCUACACGAGGGCGGUGGAGGGGGAGGUGGUGGUGGAGGAGGAAGCGUCGUGGAGGCAAGAUCUCUGAACCACGCGCUCCCGCUUUUUCCUCCGCUCGGAAUGGGUAGGGAUGGAACGGUGCCGGACCUCGUGCCUUUCCUCGUGAACUUCAUCAGAGGACAACUGGGUCCAAUUAAAAUGGACUCCACCAACUCGACGACGACGACGACGACAACAGAGCUGGAGUCGUACGAGGAGAAAAUGGAGUGGACUGAGUCCGCCGCCGCCGCCGAGAUGUCGAUCCUAGAAGCCAACAACAAGUCCCCGGACGAGACGGAGGAAGAAGACGGCAAGAAGUCGGCCUCCCCCAGUGAACCUCCUGAAGAGUUGUGGGCGCCGAGUGCUCAAUGACGAGCAUUUGAACUUGGCGCCAUCCCAGUCCUCGCUUUCAUUGGUCCGCUCAAGGACGCCUGCGAGCUUUAA